AUGUCGUCUGUGGUAUUUCCAACCCCCGCAUCCUCAUCGUCCUCAUCAACGCCCAAAAAGCCCAUUAACCUCCUGCGCGGAUGGCCCGCGAAAUCCCUUCUCCCGGCCUCCUCCAUAGCUCGGGCGUCGCAAACAGCCCUCGCUGACCCUGAAAUUGCGUAUCCCGCUCUGUUGUACGGACCAGACCCUGGCUACCAGCCCUUGCGCGAGGAGUUGGCCCAAUGGCUGAACCGCUUCUACAAGCCAUGGACGCCGGCGCAGCCGGAACCGGAUCGCAUCACUAUCAGCGGUGGCGCCAGCCAAAGCAUUGCGUGCGUGCUGCAGAGCUACACAGAUCCGGUCUACACGCGGAGCGUGUGGAUGGUAGCGCCGUGCUAUUUCCUUGCCUGUCCUAUCUUUUUAGAUUCCGGAUUUGAGGGUAGACUUAAAGCGGUGCCGGAGGAUGACGAGGGUAUUGACCUCGCGUGGCUCGAGGCAGGGUUGAAGUCCAUGGAGGAGGAGGACGAGGGGAAGAACUCUCGGGAUAAGCCAGUGUACAAGGAUCCCAAGCCCUACCGGAAGAUCUACAAGCACCUCAUCUACUGCGUACCGUCCUUCUCGAACCCCUCAGGCAAAACGAUGAGUUUACGCCGACGGGAUGGCCUAGUUAAGUUGGCGCGCAAGUACGACGCCCUGGUUGUCUGUGACGAUGUGUACGACAUGCUCCAAUGGCCCACCGCCACCCCCUCGACUCUCUCCUCAUUCCCACCAUCUGAUUUGACCACCGCCAUCCUCCCCCGUCUGGCCGAUAUAGACUUUUCACUCGGUUGCUCAGCCCACGAUCCGCCCAGCAAACACUUCGGCCACGCCAUCAGCAACGCUUCCUUCAGCAAGCUCUCCGGCCCCGGCAUGCGGACAGGCUGGACUUUCUCCACACCCGAUUUUGCCUUCGGUCUUUCGCAGACGGGAUCCACGAGGUCGGGCGGUGCACCUAGUCAGCUUAACGCCGCUGUGUUGUGCGAGAUGCUGCGCGCGGGGGAUUUGGAGGCGCAUAUUGAGGGUCUGCUUAAGCCGGCUUAUCAGAAAAGACAUGCGUUGCUUUUGGAAGCGGUCGGGAGAGUUCUGGUCCCUCUGGGGGCGGUAGUCAACGAGAGUAGCCUCGAGGGCUCCGAAAUAGACGAAAGUAAGAAGAGCGUGUUUGGCGGGUAUUUCCUUUGGAUGAAGUUCCCUGACGGGCCUGCGGCUAAGGCGAUUGCGGAGAUGUGUCAGCUGGAGGAGGAGUUGAUUGUCGGGUUUGGUGACAUGUUCGAAGUACAUGGGGAUGAGGAAGCGGUGCGGUUUGGUAACGGUAUACGACUUUGCUUUGCUUGGGAGGAUGAGGGGGAUUUGGUGGAGGGGGUGGAGAGGUUGGGUAGGGUUAUCAGUAGGAUGAGGAAUGAGCCAGGGCGUAAACUGGUAGAAGGUAGUCGAGCAUCUGGGAAGGGGAUGGAUGAGUUUAAAUAA